GUGGUAGACAAAAACUUCGAGAAGAAGGCGAAACAAUGCGCCGAAUCUUGUUUCAAGGAUUGUACGUGGGAGGGAUACGCAGGUCUGAGGUACACAUCCCUCUGCGGCGGGAGCGGCAGCUGCGAUCCCAACUGGGAUGACGCCCUCAAGGCAUGGCAAGACGAAAUCAAGCAAUUGUCACGAGGAUACGUAUGUAUAAUUAAUAACCCACCGUGCCACGCCUACAACUAUCGGGAAUCGGACGGAUCAUGCCAGCUGGUCACAGAUUCCACCAGCGACUUGGUGGAGGACGAUGAAUUUCAGGCUUUUGCUGAGAUUGUAUGCCUGAUGGAACACCCAAGAAUCGAGGGAGCUAAAGCGAUUCCUGACAAAGGCUGGGAUGGGAAAUACCCCUCACCGAAGGGUGUGAUGGUCACCUUCACUUGCGAGAACCCACAAGGAUUCACAGAUGGCUCCCAGAAACACUCUGCCACGUGUGCAGUCAAAGAUCCUGACUCCUGGUUCUUCAACUUGGAUUUUCAGCAUAUCCGUUGCGAAUCACCAGUGAGGGAUAUCUACUAUAUGCUGAACCAUUACCGAGCUUCGGUGGCCCGAGGUGAAGUGAAAGGAUGCCUGGAUUGCGACGGCAACCCACUGCCUACGGCUCUCAAUAUGAACGAACUGGCAAGUCUCCCUUUGUUCCCAUUCUCAUCCAGAGGGUAG